AAAAAGGGAGGCUGAUUGACCGACUGACAAGAUCGCACUGUGUGAUGGGUGAACCCGCCACUGAUGCCAUCAGCCGCUGUCCCGGCCCAAGAUCUUCUCACAAGCUGCUGGCAGAUAUCUGAGCAGCAGGUCUCAAGCCGGCGUUUGGCGCCGAGGUUCGAGAUUCCACAGGUGUUGGCUCAUGAACCCGGCCGUCUCAGACACAGCGGGAGCGUCACAGUAGGCGGUAUAAAAACCUCGGAAGGGGCCGACGACCGGAGAGCGUUGGAGCAGCGGUGAAGUGCAGUAAAACCACAGACAGUUCCCUGGCUUGAGUACUUCUUCCAGAGGGAUCAGAGGAAAACACAGUGCCCGCCGCCACCAUGAGCCGCAGCCCGGAGAGGAUCUCGUCCUACCGACGCCACUUUGAGGAGAGCAGCAGCUUCUCCCAGCAGGUCAGGGUGUCCAGCCCAUCCCCCACUCGGAGAGAGGCCCGUCAUGCCUCCGCCGGCUACUCCUGCAGAGCCGGGGCCGGCGGCAUGCGCGUGGAGUCAGCGGGAAGGGCCGUCUCGGCAGCACGCAGGUCUCGCAUGGCCGGAGCAGGUGCGAGUGCAGGGGCCUUGGUGUGUGUUGGGCCCAGCGGAGAGCCGGCCAUGGACCUGGAUGUGGCCGCGGCCGAGAACCAGGAAUUCCUCAGCACCCGGAAAAGUGAACGACAGGAGAUGAUCGUCCUCAACGAUCGACUGGCUGUGUACAUUAACAAGGUCCGAUCACUGGAGCAGCAGAACCAGCUUCUGGAGGCGGAGAUUGAGGCGUACCAGAACCGCUUCGAGAAGCCGUCAGGCCUGCGCCUCUUGUACGAGGAACAGCUGAAGGAGCUGAGAAGGAUCGCUGACCAGAUGAGAGUUCAGCGAGACAUUUCCUUGGCGGCGAAGGAGUCCACAGCUGCUCAACUGGAGACGAUCAAAAUCAAAUACGAGGAGGCGGUGGAGCUGAGGAGGAAAGCCGAGUUAGACAUCGAAAGCUUUCGUCCGGAUGUUGACAAAGCCACCUCCUCACGCAUUGCCCUGGAGAAGAAACUGGAGCAACUGGAAGUUGAAAUUGAAUUCCUAAAACGAGUCCAUCAACAGGAAAUUGAUGAGCUCAUGAAACAGAUCUAUUCAGCUCUUGCCGUGGCUGAGAGUGCGUUCACCCUGCCGGACCUGGCAGCUGCUUUGAAACAAAUCCAAACCCAGUAUGACGAUAUUGCGGCCAAAAAUCUCCAGGAGAUGGAUUCAUGGUACAAAAACAAGUUCCAAGAUCUGACCAAGAAGACGUCGGGGCACGUGGACAGGGUUCGAAGCUUCCGGGAAGAAGUGGUAGAAGCCAAAAAGGACAUCCAAAACAAAGAACGUGACUUGGAUGGCAUGAGGACAAGGAAUGAAGCUCUCGAGGCCCAGAUCCAAGAGACGCAAGAAACAUACAGGAAGGAGCUGGAAGACCUGCAGGCUCGCAUCGAGGCCCUGCAGUUUGAUCUGAAAUCCACAAAGGAGAAAAUUGCGCUCUAUCUACGCGAGUACCAAGACCUCCUGAAUAUCAAGAUGGCCCUGGAGAUUGAGAUCACGACUUACCGAAAAUUGAUUGAGGGAGAGGACCUGCGGCUCGCUGGCAUGAUGCAAACCCUGUCUCUUACCACCUGUUCCAUGAGCGCUAUUGGUGCUGGGAUGAACUUUGGUGGAGGAAGCAUGGGUGGAGCCGGCGGAAUCGGUGGUGGAGGCAUGGGGAGUGGCGGGGCAAUGGGUGGGGGCAUGGGCGCAAGUUCAGGCAGUGCUGCUGGGGGCAUUGGGGGUCAUGGAUUUGGAGCUGGGGGCGUAGGUGGAGGCAUGGGAGCUGGUGCUGGGGCUGUGGGUAGAGGUGGUAGUAGUGGAGGAGUGGGUGCCGGAGGAAUGACUGGCGUUGGCACUGGUGGACUGGGUGCCGGAAACGCUGGUGUCGGUGCGGGUUUGGGUGCUGGUGUUGGGGGAAACUUGGGAUUUGGUGCCGGAGGCAAGGGUGACAGCAGCACGAGUGGUGUUGGAAUGGGUGCGGGUACUGGCUCUGCAGGUUCUGGUGGCAUGGGCAACAGUCAAAUGGGGUUUAGUGGAGGCGAGGGGAAGGGUGAUGGAACCGGCGGAGGAACAGGAGGGGAUGCCGGCAAAGACCAUGGAAUGGGUCCCACCGGAAUGGGCCGCGGAAUCGGAGGCAGUGGAGGAACUGAGGGUGGGGAUGUUUCACUGUCAGGCGUUGGUGGCAACAAUGACGCCUUGGGAUCAGAUCAGGCUGUGGAGCUGACGGAGAGAAGGACGGUGCUCAUUAGAACGGUGAAAAAGGAGGGUGACGUGCUGGAGAUGGACCGCCAGGAACAGACCUACACCAUCAGCGGUGCCGCCGAUGACUCCGACAACGAGUGAGCAGCACAAAUUCCCAAGUGACCUCCUCUCACCCGCGAACCUUCACGCCCCUCUGAGCUUUGCGCUGACCAAACGCCAUGUCUGGGCACUGACCUUUCGACCUUUGCCCUGGACAAGAGGACCAUGAAUGACCCUUUUGCUACAAAGCUAAACCUUCGCCUCAUAGAGUUUGAAUAUGCCUAAGAACACUCAACAUGGUCUCUUAACUUCUGUGUGCCUUGUAAUCCCCCCCCUUUCCCCCCUGCUCAUCGCAAAUAAAGCUAUCAGCAUUCA